CACAACCCAGCCCACUCGUCCUCGAUGCCAUUGCUGGAAGACAUUCCUCGGCCUGAGAAUGGCUUCUACGUCCUCAUCACGGGCGCCAACAGCGGCCUCGGUCUGGGCAUUGGAUGCCGCCUCAUCGACGAAUUCCUCCAAACGCGUCCGCAAUCGCAAUCCCUCGUCCUCAUAAUAACGACGCGCAGUAAGCGAAAGGGCGAUGACACAGUCGCUCAGCUACGCCGACAUCUGCAGCAGACAUGUCGGAAGCUAGAAGGGAACAUGCCAGGCAUCCGCAUGCUGCUGGAACGACGCGUCUACUUCCGCCAGGAGAUUCUCGAUCUGACGAGUAUAAUAUCGUUGCAGACACUUGGGAAACGGAUGAGGGAAACAACGCCGAAACUUGACGUUGUGAUUUGCAACGCAGGGAUUGGUGGCUGGGAGGGACUGCAUUGGGGCAAGGCUGUUUGGACGGUGCUUACGGAUUGGAAGAAUGCUGUUACUUGGCCGACGUUUAAGAAGUCGGGGGUUGGUUGGGUUACGAAGCCACAAAUACCACCCCAGAUGCCAACAGAUGGCAAUGGCGAGAGGAAGAUCAAGGAGCCACCACUGGGAGAAGUUUUUUGUGCAAAUUUUUUCGGGCAUUAUCUGCUGGGGCAUUACCUUGCAUCGCUGCUGGCGAAACACGAUGACGGUGAGCAGACGAGGGGUCGAUUGGUUUGGGUCAGCAGUCUAGAAGGUUACACCCACUCUCUUGAUCUGGAGGAUAUACAAAGCCUCGAAUCACGCCACCCCUAUGAGUCCUCGAAGCGGUUAACAGAUGUUAUGGGCAUUACCUCAACCCUCCCAUCCACCGCUCCAACCGUCUCUGCUUACCUCCGCGCCCCUCUCCCACCCCUACCCUCACCCUCACCCUUCACAGCCACAACCACGCCUCCUCGCAUCUACGUCGCCCAUCCAGGCAUCUGCGGCACGUCUAUCAUGCCCCUCUUCAUUCUCCUCGACUACUGCAUGUUCGCCACCUUCUACAUCGCCCGCUGGCUCGGCAGCCAGUGGCAUCCCGUCACCGCCUACAAAGGCGCAUGCGCCAUGGUGUGGCUCGCGCUCGUCAAACAAAGCACGCUCGAUACCAUGGAGGCGCGCGAGGGCGUCGGAAAGUGGGGCAGUGCGACGGAUUGGUGGGGACAAGAGCGGGUGGAGAGGACAGAGAUAGAGGGAUGGGGGUGGGGUGGGACGGUGGAAGGAGUGGAGAAAGGGGGAAAGAGCAGGAGGAGGAAGGGUAGGAGUCCUUACGCGAGGGAUCUAACUAAGGAAGACCGGGAGGUGUUUGAGGAGACCGGAAGGAAUUGUUGGAGAGAGAUGGAGAGGUUGAGGGAGGAGUGGGAGAAGAGGCUCGACGAUGCGGGUAUGGGGAUACCGCUGGAGUAGGGAGUGUAGAGUGGAGCUGUUUGAGCGAUGAGAGCUGGGUAUCCUGCAUCUGGCCUGGUA